AUGGUGGUCUUCAACGGGCAGCUGAAGAUCAAGAUCCGCGAGGCGCUGGACCUCAAACCGACGGCUUGGUCCCUGCGUCACGCCGUCGGCCCCAAAACCCAGACCUUCCUCCUGGACACGUACUUAGCCCUGAACGUGGACGACUCUCGCGUGGGACAGACCUGCACCAAGCAGAAGACAAACAGCCCCACGUGGAAUGAUGAGUUCACCACGGAGGUGCACGACGGACGCACCAUCGAGCUGUCUGUCUUCCACGACGCGCCCAUCGGCUACGAUGACUUCGUGGCCAACUGUAGCAUCCAGUUUGAUGACAUCCUGCACAACGGCAGCAGGCACUUCGAGGACUGGAUUGACCUGGAGCCAGAGGGGAAGGUGUAUGUUGUUAUUGACCUAUCAGGAUCUUCCAGUGAAGAUGCGACCAUGUCCAGUGAAAAUGAAGAGCGUGUGUUUCGGCAGCGGAUGCGCCCAAGGAAGCGUCAGGGUGCCGUCCGCCGAAGAGUCCACCAGGUCAACGGACACAAGUUCAUGGCCACCUACCUGAGACAGCCCACCUACUGCUCCCACUGCAGGGACUUCAUCUGGGGCGUUUUAGGAAAGCAGGGCUACCAGUGUCAAGUGUGCACCUGUGUGGUCCAUAAGCGCUGCCAUGAGCUGAUCAUUACCAAGUGUGCAGGGAUGAAGAAGGACGACACAGGCAGCGAGGUCGGGUCGCAGAGAUUCAGCGUCAACGUGCCUCACAAGUUCAGCAUCCACAACUUUAAAGUUCUCACCUUCUGCGACCAUUGUGGAUCUCUGCUGUGGGGUCUGCUGCGACAGGGACUGCAGUGUAAAGUGUGUAAAGUGAAUGUACACAGACGCUGUGAGAGUAACGUGGCUCCUAACUGCGGCGUUGACGCCAGAGGGAUCGCUAAAGUCCUCUCUGACCUCGGAGUCACACCAGACAAGAUCUCCAACAGCGCCCAGAGACGGAAAAAGCUUCCUCAGGGUCAGGACCCCCAGCAGUCGUUACCAGGGACGCCUCAGACAGAAGACGACCGCUCAAAGUCGGCCCCCACCUCGCCGUGUGACCAAGAUGUUAAGGAGCUGGAGAACAUCCGCAAAGCUCUGUCGUUUGACCACCGCGGAGAGGAGCACAAAAAACACCCAGUAUCUUCAGCAGCCUCUGUUGCUACGGGUAAAGGAAGCCGUGAAAACGGAGAGGUGAAAAGUUACACCGCUCCUGAGGUGAAGAGGAUGAACCUGCACGACUUCAUCUUCAUUAAAGUUUUGGGGAAAGGAAGCUUCGGAAAGGUGAUGCUGGCGGAGCAGAAAGGCAGCGACGAGGUUUACGCCGUCAAGGUGCUGAAGAAAGACGUGAUCCUGCAGGACGACGACGUGGACUGCACCCUGACAGAGAAACGCAUCCUCGCUCUGGCCAGAAAACACCCGUACCUGACCCAGCUGUUCUGCUGCUUCCAGACUAAAGACCGGUUGUUCUUCGUGAUGGAGUACGUUAACGGAGGCGACCUGAUGUUUCAGAUUCAGCGGUCGAGGAAGUUCGACGAGGCUCGAUCUCGUUUUUAUGCUGCAGAGGUCACUUCUGCUCUGAUGUUCCUGCACCGGCACGGAGUCAUAUACAGAGACUUGAAGCUGGACAACAUACUGUUGGAUGCGGAGGGUCACUGUAAGCUGGCAGACUUUGGUAUGUGCAAGGAGGGAAUCCUCAACGGCGUUACUACCACUACCUUCUGUGGUACACCUGACUACAUCGCGCCUGAGAUCCUCCAAGAGCUGGAUUACGGCCCAUCGGUGGACUGGUGGGCUCUGGGGGUGCUGAUGUACGAGAUGAUGGCGGGCCAGCCACCCUUUGAAGCAGACAAUGAAGACGACCUGUUUGAGUCCAUCCUCCAUGACGACGUUCUCUAUCCCGUGUGGCUCAGCAAGGAGGCCGUGUCCAUCCUCAAAGCGUUCAUGACGAAGAGUCCUAACAAGCGUCUGGGCUGCGUGUUGGCUCACGGUUUAGAGGAGGCCAUCAAGCAUCAUUCGUUCUUCAGAGAGAUCGACUGGACGCUGCUGGAGCAGAGAAGAGUCAGACCCCCGUUCAAACCGCGCAUCAAAACCAAAAGGGAUGUGAAUAACUUUGACCAGGACUUUACACGUGAAGAACCCGUCCUGACGCCGGUUGACGACAACAUCAUCAAGCAGAUCAACCAAGAUGAGUUCAAAGGAUUUUCCUACUUUGGAGAUGAGACUGUGGCCUAGACGUACACACACACACUUACACACACACACACACACACACACACACACACACACACACACACACACACACACACACACACACAUACACAUGUACAAUUAACACACCAUAAACCACC